AUGGCCAUGCCUGUCUAUAUUAUGGGAGCCAGCAACUGGAAAGCAGAGGAGGAAGAUGGAAAAGAAGAGCCCUUUGAAUUUCCCACUGCCCUGGCCGAUGCCCCCGUGCUUGAGCUCCUGAGCAGACUCCCACCCUUGGCUCUGCUCACCCCCCUGCUCCAGCCCAGCAUCCCCGCCGCGAUGCUGCUGCGGCUCCUGGUGCUGCUGGGCGCCUGCCCGGGGCUGUCGCGGUGCCUGGGCUCCUUCGUGCAGUGCGAGCCCUGCGAUGCCAAGGCGCUGUCGCUGUGCCCGCCGCCGCCGCUGGGCUGCGAGCUGGUGAAGGAGCCGGGCUGCGGCUGCUGCCUCACCUGCGCCCUGCCCGCCGGGCAGCCCUGCGGCGUCUACACCGAGCGCUGCGCCCGCGGGCUGCGCUGCCUGCCGCGCCAGGGCGAGGAGAAGCCGCUGCACGCCCUGCUGCACGGCACCGCCGUCUGCCUCAGCGAGAAGAGCUACCGCGAGCAAGCCAAGGCCGAGCGGGAGUCCCGGGAGCAUGAGGAGCCCACCACAUCGGAGAUGACGGAGGAGACCUACCCACCCAAGGCCUACCGGCCCAAGCACGGGCGCCUCUCCGAGCUCAAGGCUGAGGCCCUGAAGAAGGACCGCCGGAAGAAGAUGACCCUGGCCAAGUUUGUGGGCAUGGCUGAGAACACGGCUCACCCUCGCGUUGUCAUCCCCGAGCUCCGGCAGGAGUUUGAGCUGGGCCCGUGCCGCAGGCACAUGGAGGCGUCCCUGCAGGAGCUGAAGAGCAGCCAGCGCAUGGUUCCCCGUGCUGUCCACCUCCCCAACUGCGACCGCAAGGGCUUCUACAAGAGGAAGCAGUGCAAGCCCUCCCGGGGCCGGAAGCGUGGGUUGUGCUGGUGUGUGGACAAGUAUGGCAUGAAGCUGCCGGGGACUGACUACCUGAGCGGAGACCUGCAGUGCCACGCCUUCGACAGCAGCAAUGUGGAGUGAAGCCGCAUCCCCUCCCUCUGCCCCAUCACUAUCUACCCAGACUCCCUUCCACCCUCCCCUCCGCACCUCCCCACGCCCCGGGACUCCGAUUCCUUUCAUCUCAUGUAAGACGAAAAAAAGAAAGGAAAAGAAAAAAGAGAAAGGAAAGAAAAUGAAAAAAACAGAAAGGGAAAGAAAGAAAGGAGA